GAGAAGGAGAGCGAUGUUAUUUCGGGCUUGCAAGCAGGUCAUCGAGUGUGCGUUGCCGGGCGUCCACGUCACGUGGCCCUGACGACCAAUCAGAGGCAGAAGCUGUGCCAUCACGCGAGGAGGCCAAGGCGGGUGACGCGGUGCUCGCCUCGGACAGCGCGGAUAAGGCGGAUCGGCCUUCCCAAGGGUCAGGCGGCGGCAGCAGCAACAGGGGUGCGGCGAGCUACAGCGCCUCCCUUGCCGCAGGCCCCACGCGUCCCUCGUCUCUCGCCACGGAGCCCUCUCCCGCCGCUGCCUCCGCGCCUGCUGCGGGGGCUGCAGGAGCAGCGCGCGGGGACGAUGGUGCAGGAGGGGGGACAGAGAAGGCAGAGGAGGCGGGGGAGGAGGGGGAAGAUGGGGAGGAAGGGCGGGAAGGGGAGGUGCGUCGCACGUUGUGGUUUCCGUUGAACCUGGUGGCGGCGGCGGCGGCGGCGGCGGUGGCGCAGAGCAGGGUGGCGCGCAUGGUGGCGGCGUGGCCCCUGUGGCAGCAGAGGCGGCGGCUGCGCCAGCUGCAGGAGGCGGCGGACAGCAACCCGGAAGACGCGCGCAGACAGGCGGAGUACCUGGCGGAGCUGCUCCGCGCCGAGUCAGUGCCGCGCCCCCUGCGCCCAUGGGCUCCCUGCCUCCCCCUCCCGCUACCUCGCCUCCCCAUUCUGCUGCGCUCCCCUGUCCCCGUCCCAUCCCGUCUUCCCUCCGUCCCAUCCUGUCUUCCCCCCGUCCCAUCCUGUCUUCCCCCCGUCCCAUCCUGUCUUCCCCCCGUCCCAUCCUGUCUUCCGCCCGUCCCAUCCUGUCUUCCUCCCGUCCCAUCCUGUCUUCCCCCCGUCCCAUCCUGUCUUCCCCCCGUCCCAUCCUGUCUUCCCCCCGUCCCGUCCUGUCUUCCCCCCGUCCCAUCCUGUCUUCCCCCCGUCCCAUCCUGUCUUCCCCCCGUCCCAUCCUGUCUUCCCCCCGUCCCAUCCU